AUGCUUUGCCUCCAGCUUCUUCUCACCGUCGGCGUGGCCGUCGCGGAAAGCGGCAUCGAUGCCUGGCUUCGAUAUGCUCCGCUGCCAUCUUCCAGCUCUCACCCUGCCCUACCUUCGCAUAUCGUAGCUCUGAACACCUCAAUGAACAAUCCGGUCCACAUUGCGGGCGUGGAAAUACAGAAAGGCAUUGCAAGCAUCUUCGGCAAGAACCUGAGCGUUGCCAGCCAGAGUCAACAGGCCGCCUCAUCUAUUAUCGUGGGAACCGUCAGCGACUAUGCUGUCGCGUUUGGUCAUCCUGCGAAGACUCCAUCUCUCGAACCUGACGGCUUCUGGUUGAACACGACCGGUGAGGCCGUGCAGAUCCUUGGUCAGAACGAACGAGGGGCUCUCUAUGGCGCAUUCGAAUACCUGUCCAUGCUUGCUCAGGGCAACUUCUCAAAGGUCGCCUAUGCAUCAAAUCCAAGCGCGCCAGUACGAUGGGUCAAUCAGUGGGACAAUCUGGAUGGUUCCAUCGAGCGAGGGUAUGGUGGACCCUCCAUUUUCUUCGAGAACGGCCUUGUUGUCGACAAUCUUGACCGGGUAUCCGAAUAUGCCCGUUUGCUGGCCUCAAUCCGGAUCAAUGCUGUUGUCGUCAACAAUGUCAAUGCUAAUGCAUCGCUGUUGAGCCCAGCCAACGUGGAAGGCCUCGGAAGACUGGCUGAUGCAAUGCGACCUUAUGGUGUCCAAGUGGGCAUCUCCCUAAACUUCGCCUCGCCAACAGCCAAUCUUACCUACGGUAAUCUCAGCACCUUCGACCCGCUCGACAAAGGCGUCAUAUCUUGGUGGACCAAUGUCACAGACACAAUCUACCGACGUGUUCCUGAUAUGGCGGGCUAUUUGGUCAAAGCCAAUUCUGAGGGUCAGCCUGGACCGUUGACAUACAACCGGACACUUGCUCAGGGAGCCAACCUGUUUGCCAAUACGCUGAAACCACAUGGCGGGAUACUGAUGUUCAGAGCCUUUGUGUACGACAAUCAUAUCAAUGAGUCGGACUGGAAAGCCGACCGUGCAAAUGCAGCCGUGGAUUUCUUCCAAGGGUUAGAUGGGAAGUUCGCCGACAAUGUGAUUGUGCAGAUCAAAUAUGGUCCAAUCGACUUCCAAGUCCGCGAGCCAGCUUCUCCUCUUUUCGCACAUCUUCAGAAUACCAGCACGGCGAUUGAAUUGGAAGUGACACAGGAAUAUCUCGGCCAACAGUGCCAUUUGGUAUACCUUCCCCCAUUAUGGAAGACGGUCCUCGAUUUCGACAUGCGCGUCAACCACAAACCUUCCCUUGUCCGCGACAUAAUUAGCGGCAAACGGUUCGGUCGACCUUUAGGUGGGUCCGCAGCCGUUGUCAACGUUGGCACCAACAACACAUGGCUAGGAAGCCAUCUCUCAAUGUCAAACCUAUACGCUUACGGCCGGCUUGCAUGGAACCCAGCCGAUGACCCGCAAAUCAUGCUUCAGGACUGGAUCCGAUUGACUUUUGGUCCAGAUCCCGCGGUCAUGAAGACAAUCACCAGCCUCUCUAUGGCCUCAUGGCCCGCGUACGAGAACUAUUCUGGCAAUUUGGGCAUCCAAACUCUCACGGACAUCCUGUACACACACUUCGGGCCGAAUCCGCAAACAGAAGAUGGCAACGGAUGGGGUCAAUGGACUAGGGCAGAUCAUACGACUAUCGGAAUGGAUCGUACUGUCAGCAACGGUACAGGCUUUUCAGGUCAAUAUCCUGCAGAAGUCGCAACUGUUUAUGAGAACAUCAGCACCACACCGGACAACUUGGUCCUGUGGUUCCAUCACGUCAACUAUACACAUAAGUUGCACUCGGGAAAAACGGUUAUCCAGCAUUUCUAUGACGCGCAUUACGACGGAGCCGACACUGCGCAGACGUUUGUCACGCAGUGGGAAGAGCUAAAAGGCAAGGUCGAUGAGGAAAGGUACAACGAGACACUUUUCCGCUUGACAUUCCAGGCUGGCCACUCAAUUGUCUGGCGCGAUGCCAUCGCCAAUUACUACCAUAACCUAUCCGGCAUUGCGGACUCUGCAGGCCGCGUUGGAAAGCAUCCAUGGCGCAUCCAAGCCGAGAGUAUGACGCUUGAUGGCUACGUGCCAUAUACAGUGUCCCCAUUCGAAGCGGCGAGUAACGCUACGGGUAUCGUGACGAGCUCAAACUCAACAACCGGUACUGCGUCGACAAUGCUGAAUUUUCCAAAUGGCACGUACGAUCUGGCUGUCAAUUAUUUUGACAUGAUAGGUGGGACGUCGCGGUGGCAAGUCUCGAUCAACAACCGCACAAUCGGGAGUUGGAUUGGCGAUAACGUGGAUACAGGGAGACUGGGACAUGCGCCAUCAGCGUAUUUGGAUGCGCAUUCGGCGACGAGGAUCACAUUCCGAAAUGUGACCAUUGCCAAAGGGGAUGUGCUGAAGAUCGUGGGUACGCCUGAUGGUAUCGAGCCGGCGCCGCUGGACUAUAUUGCCGUAUUGCCCAAGGGAGUGGUUGAUUGAGGUAUCAAUGUGUAGCUGAUGAUUGUAGUCGGAACGUUAGCAGAUGACGGACAUAAAAGUUGCUGACUUCACGUCAACGAUAUGAUAAAUGCAGUUUUCCU